CGACUCUGCAACAGGGACGCAUUCGCGCGCGCCUGACUGAGGAGAUUGCGCGUGGACCGGGCGUUCGUUGGGAUAACGGACCCACCUGCCGCCCUGAGGGGAACAUGGACCAAAGAUACCUAACCCAGAUGGAUGAGCAGAACACCUUGCCCAAAACAAAACUGGUGUCUCGUCUCCAGUUGGGACCAGAGAAUACAGAGAUACCACAUAUGGUUGAAGGAAGGUAUAUUAUGCAUGAACAAGCUGUCAACAUUGAGGAAAAGAGCAGCUCACUGCCCUCUUCAGUAGAGAAGUAUCCUACUGCAUUCCGUACAGCAGUUUACAGAACAGGCACAGAAAGGAAACACAAAACAACAGCAAAGGAAGGAAAGAUAGGCUUUGAAUAUGUACUCUCAAGAAAACUGAGAGAGUCUCCUGAAAUGGCUCAGUGCGAGACGAUGAUAUCCUUAGAGCUGAAGAGUGACACUGGAAAAAAACAUUCCAUGAUACCUGUUCAUGAAAAAGUUCAACAUGUUGUUGGCACAUCAGUGUCUUCUUCCAUAGAUAGUGAAGAUGAUGAUAAAGAGACUGAAAUUCAAACAGUUGUUUCAGAACCAAGUUGCCAUACAAAGAUUUGUAAACAACAGAAAGCUGGAACGUCUCAUAACAAACCUAUUAGGGAAAAAGUUUACUCUUAUGAUAGAACAGAACCAACUGAUGAUGAUGUGAUAAAACAUAUUUUGAGGCUGAGAGGCAAACUUGGCUGGCAAACGGUAUUACCACCACGUGGAUAUGUAGCUGAAGAGACGAAGGCUACUAUAAUUCAUAAGAUUGCACUUCGGAGACCUUUAUUACUGAAAGAUAGUGGAGAAUAUAUAUAUUGUCUCAGAAGAAGCAGGAACAACCCUAAGGCUCCCUAUAAUCCAUACGAUCUUCAAGUUGUCUCUGCAAAUUCAGCUAAACAUAAUAAAGAAUAUUGGACCAUUACUGCUUCAUUUGUGUCCAAGUUUUCUGUAGUACACAAAGCAGAAGAAAUGGAAAUAAUUCCUGUAAUGGAAUGGCUAUGUGAAAGACAACUUUAUUACAUGAUAUGUAAUUUUAAUGUGUUUUCCAAUAGCAGAAUGAAGAAAUAUUUUUUCACCUGGAAAAUCAAUGUUCGAAGAGCUAAGACAACCAAGAGCAAAACUAUGAUGUACAACCAGCUUUUUUUGGCUGAUGAAUUAUUUCUGAGCUGCUUGCUUUAUAUCCAAGGUCUGUGUGAAGAUGCAUGUAACAUUAAUUGCUGCAAAGGAUCAGAAGAUAAUGCAAUUUCUUUGAUAAAGGUGGACAGAUCUCGCACAUAUUCUUUGGAUGAGUUUUGUGAGGAGCAAUAUCAACAGAAUAAAGAAGCACUUCAUCAGCUACAGACUUUCAGGGAGAAAGUAAUUAAAGCCAUUCAAAGUACCUUUUUAAGGGUGGCAGAAAUGAAGGGAGCUCAAAAGCUUUUUCAGUCUGUGCCAAGUGACAGCAAGGAAAACCCAAAAUAUGCUGAGAUAAGUGAAUGGCGUCAGAUGAUGAAACGCUUUUCAAGGUUUCUUCUGCUAGUUGACAAGAUCUUCCAAGAACUGCUCCGUAAACUGGUGCACAAUGCUGUCCAGCUGCUACUGGAGUUAUUUAAGGGUUCCAGCAAUGUGACCAGUUCAGAUGAAAAGAAGAAUGAAAACCUUAUAAGGUUAUUUCUGGCACUCUUGGUUGCGAGCACUGGUUUAAAACGUUUUAAUUUUAUUAUUUAUAAGAACACUCUUGUGAGACUAUCUGGCCAGUUGGAUGUAGAAUACUGUUCAGUAGGAGUAUGUAAAGAAUUCAUUCGAGAUUUUGAGAGAGCACCUCAAGAAUCAUCUUUCCAUUUAAGGGAGGACAAAGUUUUAAAACCUGAAAUAAUUACUGUAGCUGAUAUUGACAAGGUGCUAGAAGAUGUAAAAAAGCAACUGGAAGGAGAGCAAGAAUAUGCACCAGUAUUUGAAGUAAAUAUAGGUCUAAGAAUUCCUUUUGAGAAGAUUAACGAUAGGAGCAGCCAUCAGGAGGAUGAUCCGGAGUCCUGUGAGAUGCAAGAUGAUGAUUCUUUUUCAUUGACCUCAGUAGAGUUUCUGAAGCAAAGGUUAAAAGAUGAUGACAAUUUGAAAAGUUGGACCCAGAGUAACAGUAAAAGAGCAUAUGAGGAGCUGUCAGAAAAUACAAGGAAACAGACAUUUAAAUUAAGUCAAGUUAAAACUGACCUUUCUGCAGGCAAAGCAGAAGUCAAGCCUGAAUCAGAUAAUAAAGCGGAAUUAAAACAUGAAUGUUCUUCAUCAUUCUGUCCAGAUAUCUUUUUAAUUCCCAAUAGAAGACAGUUUUCUAAAAAAUUACAAGGAAUUGUGGAUGGUCUAGAAAAUACUACCGCUCAGGUUAUUCCAUUUUCUCGUGAUACUCAUCUGUCAGUCUUCAUCACUCAGUCUUUACAUAAAAUAAUGCAGUCACAUGAAAGUUGUUCAGAAUUGUGGGAAAAAGAGUAUCCAGCACCAUGGCCCAAUUGGGAGCUACUUCUAGGAACAGAUCCAUGCUACCAAAACAAAAUUUUGACUCUUCUGUCUAUUCUUAGUAGUUCAAUGGAACAAGUUGAAUCUUAUAGCAGAAACUUUAUGCGAUACUGUGCCAUGGUGAAUGAAGCUAAAAUUAGGAAUAUGGAAAUCUUAGCACUACAAAGGGAAUUAUCAUCACAUGAUUUCAGAGGCAUCUUAAAUAAGUAUACAGAUGAUGUAAACGAGAUUAUAUGUAUGACUAUUGAAAGACGCAUUCAUAUGAUUAAGGUCAGAAGUGUUAACUAUCAAACAGACUGCCUGCCAUAUUUUGAAACCCUGCUUAAUAUAAUACGUUCAUCAUUGUAUGCAAUAGUUGAAGCAAGGAACUCGCAUCUCUCAGAAGCUAUCCAUUCAGCACUUAGAAAGCUGGACAAAGAUCUCACAACAGUGGAAGAAUUUAUUGAGCACUUGACUUUUUUGAGUCAAAUUUCCUCAGAGUUGCCAGGGCUAGAAACUCAGUAUAACACUCUUUCCCAAUUGUAUUGUAUUGCGAGAGCCUAUGACUUUAUUCCAGUUGAACAGUUUGCUUUAUUUCAGACCCUUACUCGCAGUCUGCAUGAUCUUAAAUCAAGUAUCCUUAUUUGUGAAAAAGAAAAAAAUGACAAUAUUAUAAAAUUCAGUGCAGAUUUGGAUGGUUAUUUUGGCAACCUACAGUUUGAACUUAGGAACUUUAAGAACAAAGUGAGAAAUCCAGUUCUCCUCCUUAGCAAAACAUUGCCUAAGACAGCUAAAGAGAUGAUCCAAAGUCUUGUGGAAGAAGCUGCAGUUAUUUCUAACAAAUCCAGAAGUUAUGCAAAUUACCAGGAUCUCUUUGACAGUUCCAUUGCUGACAUGAGGUCAUUAUCAUUGGAAAGGAUUUCUCGGAGAGUGAAUAAAGAGCUCUCUGUAAUUGAAAGUGAAUUAUCUUUGCGAAAACUCUUGUGGGACUUACUAGAGGAAUGGGGGAAGCUUUCUUUUAGGUGGAAACAUACACUUUUUGAGAACGUUGAUGUAGAUUUAAUACAAAAGGAUGUUAGCAGAUUUAUGCAGACAAUACAGAUUCUAGAAAAAGGUUUACCAGAAAAUAAUAUUAUAAUAGGUCUGAAGCAGUCACUAAUGGAUUUUAAAGAAGGCCUAUCUGUGAUUGUGUUUUUAAGAAGUCCAUAUCUUCAACCAAGGCAUUGGAAGGCUAUACAGUAUAUUAUUGGGCAAUCCAUUUCUUGGGAUAAAAAGUUUACCCUGGAGGAUGUUCUGCAACUCAAUUUGUUUCAGUACAAGAAAGAAAUCACUGAUGUAUCAGUAACAGCAACCAAUGAAGCUACCCUUGAAAUAAUGCUGAAUAAGAUAAUUAACCUUUGGAAUAAAACUAAUUUCCAUUUGUCUCCUCACCACUCUGAAACUUCUACUUUCAUGAUUAUUUCAUCUGCUGAAGAUAUAAUGGCUCAGUUAGAAGAAUCUCAAGUAAUAAUUUCAACAAUUAAGGGUUCUUGCUAUGUUGGGCCAAUUAAGAACCUUGUAGAUGCAUGGGAUCAUAAGUUAAAUCUCUUCUCUCGCACCCUGGAGGAAUGGUUGACUUGCCAAAGGAAUUGGAUUUACCUGGAACCAAUCUUUCAUGCUCCAGAAAUACAAAGGCAGUUGCCAGCAGAAGCAAGUAUUUUCUCUCAAGUCAAUAACAAAUGGAAAGAGAUAAUGGCGUGUACAGAGGAUAACCCAAAUGCUCUUAGGGCAGCCACAACUGCAGGAGUCCUUGAGAUGCUGCAGACCAACAAUGCACAUCUUGAAAAAAUACAGAAGUCUCUUGAGGACUAUCUUGAAAUUAAACGAAUGAUUUUCCCAAGGUUUUACUUUCUCAGUAGUGCUGAACUUCUUGACAUUUUAGCUGAAAGCAGAAAUCCAGAGGCUGUGCAGCCUCAUCUUGUGAAAUGUUUUGCGAAUAUCAGGAAGUUAUAUAUACGCAGACAUGACGAGAACUCUCCGGUGGUGGUGAUGAUCGGUUCUGCUGAAGAAGAGACUCUCUUAGUGCCAAAGCAGAUUGUUGUUGCUAGCCCUGUUGAGCAGUGGCUAGGUAAUGUAGAGAGCAGCAUGUUUGACAUGGUAAAAAAAUUUGUAAAUAUUGGAAUGGUCGAGUGGAAUCAAAUGGAAUUUAAACAGUGGUUUCUGACUCAUCCAGGACAGGUGGUACUUCUUGUGAGUCAAAUUAUGUUUAAUAAGGAUUGUACAAGAAGUUUCCAGAGUUCUGAUCCAAAAAUGGCACUGACAGGAAUCCAUGAUGAAGUAGUCCAUAAUCUAGAGCAACUCGCAGAGAUGGCAUCUGACAUUCUUCAGUUUCACAAGCAAACCACACUAGAGGCGUUGCUUACUCUGUACAUCCACUGUAGGGACAUACUUUCCAGUCUGAUAGAUAAACAAAUCUUCAAAAGGGAGGAUUUUGAAUGGACAAGGCAAUUGCGCUAUGAAUGGAAUGAAAUGAACACCACAUGUAGGGUAGUUCAAGGUAAUGCCUCCUUUAUUUAUGGCUAUGAGUACUUGGGCUGUUCCUCUCGAUUGGUUAUUACACCGCUCACCGACCGAUGCUGGUUAACUCUUACUGGAGCACUACACUUGAAUCUCGGAGGCUGUCCUGCUGGUCCAGCUGGUACAGGAAAAACCGAGACUGUCAAAGACCUGUCUAAAGCCAUGGGAAAACUCUGUGUGGUUUUUAAUUGUUUUGAAGGUUUGGAUUAUCAGAUGAUGGGAAAAUUCUUCUGUGGACUAGUUCAGUCUGGAACAUGGUGUUGUUUUGAUGAGUUCAAUCGCAUAGAUAUAGAAGUUCUGUCUGUAAUUGCUUCACAAAUUCAGACAAUCAAGGCUGCAAAAGAUAGCCAUGUUAUCAGAUUUGUGCUGGAAGGAAAAGAAAUCCGUAUCAAUACAUCCUGUGGAAUCUUUAUUACUAUGAAUCCUGGGUACAAAGGCCGUGUAGAACUCCCAGACAAUUUAAAAUCUUUGUUUCGACCUGUCUCAAUGAUGGUACCAGAUUAUGAACUCAUUGCUGAAGUAAUAUUAUUUUCAGAAGGUUUCAAAUCAGCAAAAUCACUCUCUAGGAAAUUGGUCAUUCUUUACCAGUUGGCUUGCAAUCAGCUGUCACAACAGGAUCAUUAUGAUUUUGGUAUGAGAGCCAUAAAGACAGUGUUAUUGAGGGCUGGACAGAAGAAAAAAGAAUUAAAAAUACAAACUUCUGACUUUGUUCCUGAAGAAGAAGAAACUCUCAUUAUAAUCAAUUCAUUGAAAGAAGCUAAUUUACCCAAGUUUCUUGUGGAAGAUGUUCCUCUGUUUGAGAACAUUAUGGCAGAUCUGUUCCCAGGAAUUACAGUUCCAAGAAAAUCAGUAGCUGUUGCAAUGCAACAGUUAUGUUUGCAGCCUUGGGCAUCUCAGAUAGAAAAAGUUUUACAGUUUCACAAUCAAAUUCUGGCUCGGGUUGGUGUGAUGUUAGUAGGCCCUACAGGUGGAGGGAAGACAACUGUUAGAACAAUUUUAGAAAAAGCCUUGGUAAUUUUACCCACUUUAUGUUUGGAAAAAUUUUCAAAAAAUGAUGCUGUUUUGCAGGUGGUAAUUACAGGGGAUCAUCAGGGCUUGUUGUCGAUCCAGGAAAUGGAGAUGACAGAGAGCUUGGAUGACAGAGAGCGAGUCGUAGACGAAAUGGUUGGCUCUAGUUCAGCUCGAGAAGUUGAUUGUAAUGCACCAAAGAAAGGAAAAGUGGAUACUUUUGUAAUAAACCCAAAGUGUGUCAGUGUUGGUGAGCUGUUUGGACAGACUGAUCCUAAUACUAUGGAGUGGUCUGAUGGAUUAUUGGCAUCAGCAGUUCGAACAUUUGCAAAAUAUUCAACAAAAAAAUAUAAAAAAAUGGAGGCAAACACUGAUGCAGCUACAAGAAUCCAGGACACUUACACCUUGAACACAGUGGAUCUAACUGACGCUGCUGUGACUGCAAAAAACAAAGAAGUAACAGAAUCUUCGUACUCACACAGUAAAACUAUUACUGAUUGGCAGUGGAUAAUCUUGGAUGGACCAGUAGACACAGUUUGGAUAGAAAACUUAAAUACUGUGCUAGACGAUACCAGAACAAUGUGUCUUGCGAAUAGUGAAAGAAUCUGCUUACCGUCAGGAAUCAGAAUGAUAUUUGAAACAGACAGUCUCUCUCAGGCCAGUCCUGCUACUAUCAGUCGAUGUGCAAUGGUUUUUGUGGACCCAAGUAAUCUGGGAUGGGAACCUUAUGUAAAGACAUGGCUGUUAAAAGCUUCCAGAAUAAUUACACAAAGUGGCUCAGAGUGUCUUGAACGUUUAUUUGAAAAAAGUAUAAAAAAAGGACUAAAUUUUUUAGAUAAACACAAGAAAAUGCAGCCAUUUCCCAUGCAGCAGAUGGGAAUUAUAAUGAAUCUCUGCAGAAUCCUUGGUGCUUUUAUUGAUAUAAUGAGCAAAAAUGGACUCUUCUCUCACAGUGUUGAACAUCAGCACUCUGUUGUAGGUACUUCAAAAGUGUCCCAGACCCAAUAUCUCAGCUCUCAAAUAACAGUUGAAGCCAAAGCACUAACUGCAAAGGCCUCAGUAGAAAAUAAAAGGGAAGAUCAGAAAUGGUUUUUGGAAAAGUAUCCUGACAAACUGCCAUCAUUGUUAGAGAAACUCUAUGUCUUUGCAUUUACUUGGGCAGUUGGAGGAGUUUUAAGACGAGAGACUGAUUAUGAGGAAGAGUCUCUGAUUGGCAUAAAUACCAAAGAUGAGUCUCUUGUAACUGUAACACGUGGUUUCAGUAACUUUGUUCGUGAUAUAUUUGAAGGAGAAUCACCUAUUGGCAUUCAGUUCCCAGCUGGAGACAGGGUUAUCUUUGAGUAUUUUGUGGAUUUACAAACAGGUGACUUUGCACCAUGGACAGACUUAGUUCCUACCACUCAGUUUCUAAUUCAAAAAGAGACUACAUCAUUUUCUGAUUCCCUGAAAUCUGGGAGUAAUAAAGAUGUGAACCUUGGAAGAAGAGAUACUCUGAAGUUUAUACCUAAUAUGGAAACAAUUUGCUAUUCUUUUCUAACAAACCUUCUUUUAAUGAAUAAACAUCCAGUACUUAUCACAGGAGACUCUGGUAUUGGGAAGACUGCCAUGAUUCAAAAUAUGCUUGAAAGACUUCAGAAACAAGAGGGAUUAUUUGUAAAAUCAGGAACAAUUUUAGGAGAUGUCUUCUUACAUAAUGAAAUUAAAAAAGCAAGUAUGUUAAAGAAUUCCAGUUACCUAACAUUUGAUGUGCCCCACGGUGCUCAGAAGAGAGUGUGGCCCUCACCUGGAGACUUGGAUUUGAAGUCAACGACAGGGCCAUAUUCUGCAAGUGAAACUGGUGACAUUGCUCCAACAUCUGAAAGAAUCAAGGGUGUUAUAGUUUCCACAAUACAGUGUGGUGCCCACACCAGUGCUGCCCAAAUACAGGCAUGGAUUUGUCAGAAAUUAAUACUAAAAAGUAAAGAUGCUCUUGGUGCACCAAAAUCCAAACAGGUGAUAAUGUUCAUUGAUGAUCUGAAUAUGCCAAUACCAGAGGAGUAUGGUGCCCAGCCACCACUUGAAACAAUCAGACAGUUUUUAGAUUUAGGAGGUUUUUAUGACACUAAGCAACUUGCAUGGAAGAAUAUUCAGGAUGUCUCACUGGUUGCAGACUGUGCCCCUCCAAGUGGUGGAAGAAAUGAGAUUAGCCCACGUCUUCUCUCACACUUUUGUCUGUUGUUUCUGCCUCAACCUUCCUUACAAUCCUUGCAACGUGUUUUCCAGGUUAAUCUGGGAACAUACCUGUAUAACAACAGAUUCUUAUCUGAGGUUCAGAAAUGCAGUGACUUUCUAACUUCCUCUUCCAUAGCUGUAUACUAUAGUGUGUGCCGCAGCAUGCUCCCAACGCCAGCUAAGUGCCACUAUACAUUUAAUCUACGAGAUCUCUUCAAGGUGCUCCAGGGGUUGUUGCAAGCCCACAGGUCUGUUAUUGUCUCAAAUGAAACUGCAGCUCUUCUCUUUGUGCAUGAAACAACCCGAGUAUUCCAUGAUCGCCUGAUUGAAUCUGCUGAAAGAGAGAUUUUUUAUCAGUUUCUUGCAAAUGAACUCCAUAACUAUUUUAAGUCUACCAUAGUUGUGGAUUUUCUGGAUAUGAACACACCUCUUGAAAGUAAAAUCUAUCGAAACAUCACUAACUAUAAAAAACUUGUUUCUACUUCAAUGGUGUUCUUUAAGGAAGCUGUAGAACACACCACAAGGGCUGCUAGAGUCUUUCGGCAACCAGGCGGCCACAUGAUGCUAAUUGGCCUGGAUGGAAAUGGGAAAAUAACCUGUGCAACCCUUGCCUGUUAUUUAGCAAACUGUAGUCUCUUUAGGUUGUCUGUUACCCAGUACAGCUACACAGAUUUCAUAGAGGACCUGAAAAGAGUCUAUAGACAAACAGGGCUGGAGGGCCAGAACACUGUUUUGCUCAUCACUGAUCCAGAUAUAGUUCAGGAUUCUUUUUUAGAACAUUUGAGCUGCAUUCUGAAUUCUGGAGAAGUGCUUGAUUUAUUUGAUAAGGAGGAGUUGGAAGGUAUUGUUGUGAAGCUUACAGCUGUUGUCGAAAAGGCUAACUACACUAACAGCAGAGAAGCUAUUCUUUCAUUUUUCAUGCAGAGAGUACGUAGCAAGCUUCAUAUUGUUUUGGCAACAAGUCCUGCAGGACUUAACUUCCGUCAACUUUGUCGGAUAUAUCCUUCCAUUGUUAAUUGCUCUACCAUUGACUGGUACGACAACUGGCCUGAAGAAGCUCUCCUGCAUGUUGCAAAAAGCUACUUUAGCCAUGAAGACAUUUGUGAUGACAAUGAGAACUUAACAAACAUAGUUGCCCAGGUAUGUGUUGAAAUCCACAAAAGUGCAUCUACAACAACUGAGAAAUAUUUGAAGGAAACUAAAAGGCACUACUACAUCACUCCUAAUAGCUAUUUGCAAUUCAUAGACACCUUUUCAAGCAUAUUACAGAAUACAAAAAAGAAAAGUCUGUUUAACAGGGCUUGUUUUCACAAUGGUCUGACCAAGCUUCUGGAAGCAACAUCACUGGUUGCAGAAAUGCAAGAAGAGUUGCUUACCCUUGGCCCUCAGAUAGAGCAAAAAUCAAAGGAGAUAGAAGAACUCAUGGAAAAACUUCAUAGAGACUCACAAGUUGUAGAGCAGGUUCGAACUCUUGUUAAACAGGAUGAAGAAAUCAUGACUGAGGAAACAAAAGUUGUGGAAGAAUAUGCUCGGCAAGCAACUGAAGAGCUAAAUGCUGUAUUGCCAGCGUUAGAAAAGGCCCUCGCUGCUCUAGAUGCGUUGGACAAAGCUCACAUUGCAGAACUCAGAGUAUACGCUCAUCCUCCUCCUCUUGUACUAACUGUUAUGAAUGCAGUUUGUAUUCUUCUGCAAAAGAAACCUAGUUGGGCAACAGCAAAGCUCCUCCUUGCAGAUGCAGGAUUCCUCAAAAAAUUGGUUACCCUGGAUAAAGAUAAUCUACCCGAAAAGGUGUUUCUGCAAUUGAAAAGAUAUGUAAGAUCCCCUGACUUUCGCCCAUCAAAAGUGGGACUGGUGUCUAUUGCCUGUUGUUCCAUGUGUCACUGGAUUUUAGCUUUAGAUCACUACCAUGAAGUACAAAAGUUGGUGAAGCCAAAACAAAUCCGAGUUACAGAAGCUCAGGAAGUACUAAGACUUGCCCAUCAAAAACUGGAUGAAAAACAAAGAAGUUUGGCCUUGAUUGAAGAACAUGAACAGAAUUUAGAGGCAAGCUAUCAAGAGAGCAUAGCCCAGAAAGAAAUGCUAGCAACUCGAAAGCAACUGGCAACUCAGCGUCUACACAGAGCAUCUAUAUUAAGCACAGCUCUGGCGGAUGAGAUGGAGCGAUGGAAAGAAUCAGUUAAUAACCUGGACGAAAGGCUGCAAGGUAUUAUGGGUGAUGCCCUUGUUUCAGCAGCAUGCAUCAUCUACAGCGGAGUGUUAUCAGCAGAAUAUCGUCAGCAGCUAAUAAAUGAAUGUCUGAGAUUGUGUAAUGAGAACAUCGUUCCUGUGUCUCCAAAUUAUUCGCUAAUAACAGCUAUGACAGAAAAAAAUGAGGUCAGUAAAUGGCAAAAUGAAGGUUUGCCUCUCGACCAGUACUCCAUUGAGAAUGCUAUCCUUGUUAAGAAUGGACAACGAUGGCCUUUACUAAUUGAUCCACAGAAACAGGCUUACAGAUGGAUUUGUCAAAUGGAGGGAGACAGGCUACGACAAAUUCAUGCUUCUGAUUCCAAUUACUUAAGAACUUUAGAAAAUGCCAUGCGAAUUGGAAACUCCAUUCUGCUACAGGAUCUUGCUGAAGCUUUGGAUUCAAAUUUAAAGCCAAUCUUAAGAAAGGAAAUCUACAGUACAGGAGGUAAAGACUUCAUCAGGAUUGGAGAUGCUGAAAUUGAAUACAACCACAACUUUAGAUUAUACAUAACGACGCAAAAAGCCAACCCCCAUUUUCUUCCUUCAGUUUGUAACGUGGUCACAAUGAUCAACUUCACUGUAACAUUCCAAGGUUUGCAGGACCAGCUGUUGUCCACUGUAGUAAUUCAUGAAACACCCCAGUUAGAGCAACAACGUUGUGAGUUAUUGGAGAGUAUCUUUGCUGACCAAAUCACACUCCGAGAACUGGAACAAAAGUCACUUAAACUGCUCCAGAAAACAGAAGGACACAUAUUAGAUGACCAGGACCUCAUUGACAACUUACAAAGAACAAAAGUUACUUCAAAAGAGAUUUUUGAGCGUGUAGAAGCAUCAGCAAAAACAGAGGCCGCAAUUGAAAAAACACGUAAAAAUUAUCUCCCUAUUGCAACUCGAGGUGCUGUGCUCUACUUUGUAGUGGCAGAUCUUAUUAAGAUCAACUACAUGUAUCAGUUUUCAUUGGAGUGGUUCCAUAAAAUCUUUGUAGAAUCUAUGGAUAUGGUGAAUAAACUGCGAACCCUUAGCAGGCAGAGAAAAAGGCAUUUCACCCAAGAGCACUGGGAAGGAUGUGAGAAUGAGACAGACAACUUUAACAAGCAUCUUAAAGAAAUAAUUGACACGUUGACGAAUAAUGUUUAUAAGUCAGUUUGUUCUGCCCUCUUCACUGAAAACCAACUCUGCUUCUCUUUCCUACUCUGCACUGAGAUCAUGCAGAAUAACUGUGGUGAAAAUCAAGCCCAAGACAACCUUGGAUUCCUACCUGAGAAUGAGUGGAACUUCUUCCUCUACUCCAGCAUGUUGGCAAAUAUUAUGGAUACACAAUCAGAGUUCGAAAAUGAUGGUUCAUAUAAGUUUAAUAAAACUCCUCAUCUCUGGAUUACUGAAUCUAUGUGGAAGGAAUGUCAGUACAUGAGCACUCACAUGCAACCUUUCAAUCUCUUGUGUGACUCCCUUGCAUCAAAUUCCCAACAAUGGAGUUCUUUCCUAAACAGUGGUAACUUAUAUUAUUUACUUAGCACACAGUACAGGCCAACAUCGUCACAACAAGAUACAGACCUGCAGUCAGAUGCACUAAAAGAAAGAAUUGGGCUUGAUAGUGCCAUGGUAGACUUUCAUUGGGAGAAUCUUUCUUCAUUUCAAAGAAUUAUCUUGAUUAAAAUUCUCAGACCAGGAAGUUUAAAUAGUGCAAUACGAGAGUUUGUUAUUGAGAAAUUAGGAGCCAGAUAUCUUCAGACUGGAGUGAUUAACUUGAAAGAAGUGUAUGAAGAUUCCAGUGCCACCACUCCAUUAAUAUUUAUUCAUUCUCAUGGAAUAGACCCAGCAGCUCACCUUCUGCGCCUUGCACAGGAAAUAAAAGGAAGCACACGGCAUGUGAAAAUGAUUUCUUUGGGACGUGGUCAGGGAAGCAAAGCUGAAGAUUUGAUACAUAAAGCACAGCUGUUGAGUGGACAAUGGGUUUUCCUGCAAAACUGCCAUCUUGCUGCAUCAUUUAUGCCCAGGCUUUGUACUAUUGUUGAUUCAUUUACCCAGCCAAACAUAAACAUGGAUCCUCAGUUUAGACUAUGGUUAAGUUCCACACCUGAUCCUUCUUUCCCCAUACCUAUCCUGCAGAAAGGUUUUAAGAUGGCAAUAGAACCACCUCGGGGUCUGAAGGGAAAAUUACUUCAGACAUUUGGAUACAGUGGCAGUGGAGAUGUAACGGAAAUUAUCUUCAACAAGGUUGAAUGUGGCUUAUCCUGGAAGAAGCUGGUGUUCAGCCUGUGUUUCUUCAAUGCUGUAGUCCAUGAAAGAAAAAAAUAUGGCUCUUUGGCCUGGAAUGUUCCAUAUGAAUUUAACUCUUCCGAUUUAGAAGUUUCCAUACAGAUGUUGGGGAUGCUUCUGGCAAACCAAGAAGAGAUUCCUUGGCAAGCAAUAUGUUAUCUUACUGGCGAGGUAGUUUAUGGAGGUCGCGUGACUGACCACUGGGACCGUCGUUGCUUGCUCAGCAUUCUGAACAAUUUCUAUAGCCCUGUUGUAUUGCAGGAGGGUUUUGCUUACUCUAAUGAUGGGGUAUAUCGACCUGUGUCUGCCACAGAUAGCUUACAAGACUGUAGAGCCUAUUUAGAGUCUCUGCCAGACACUGAUUCACCAGAGCUAUUUGGAAUGCAUGCCUGUGCUGAAAGAGCAUUCCUGGAAUCUCAGGCACAAACCUUUAUUGAUACCAUUGUCAGUAUGCAGCCAGGAAUCAGCAUGGACACCCUGAUCAUCAGUGGUGGAAAGAGCCAAGAUGAAUUAGUACUGGAAAUAGCUUCUGACAUUCUAAGCCAGCUGCCACUCACUGUAGAGGAACAAGAUACAGAAUUGACACCUGGAACUGAACAUUCCUCCAAAAUGAAAAUCACACUGGGAAGCUUACUGUCAGGCCCCAUUUGGGCUGCUCUUGCAAAAGCUGCUAAAGGACAUGAUCCUUUUAUCAAUUCAGCUUUGUUAACUGUUCUUCGCCAGGAGAUUGACCGAUUUAAUAAUUUAUUGUCUGUAAUAACCAUAUCAUUGCAUUCACUUCAACAAGCUAUGAAAGGAGAGAUUAUCUUCACCACAGGGUUAGAAGAACUUUAUAACUCAGUUUUGAAGUCCAAGGUGCCUGAGUUCUGGCAGCUAUAUUCCUAUAUGUCAAAUAAGUCUUUGGGAUCAUGGAUUGAUGACCUUAUUCUACGAGUGAAUUUCUUUGCAACCUGGGCAAACCAGGUCAUCACCUGUAUACAGUUAAGGCCGCAUCUGGGCCGCAGGUUGCCCACUACUCCAGUAGAGAGAUACAAAGAAAGGGGUGACACGCUUAGUGAUGGGCUAGGAAAACAUUGCAGCAACAUUCUGAAUGGAUAUGAGCGGGACAAGUUUGUAUUUGCAAGGACAGAAAAAAGUAUAUUGCAGAGUUUGGGGGUUUUUUUGAGGGGGGACGGGGUGUUAAAAAAAACCUGCUUAAGCAUUUAUUAUCCUCUUUUAAAAAACAGGUAUAACAGCUGCAUUAAGCUGCUUCAGAAACAAGCCAAAACAUCUGGGAUCUCAUUUUCAUCACCAACUGGCAAUAGGGCCAACAUAUCCACCAACAGCAUUCAGGGAAAUCCCAGUCGCUUCUGGCUUUCAGGGUUUUUUUCCCCACAAGGGUUUCUUACUGCUGUGCUGCAGAACUAUGCUCGUCAAAAUGGAAUCUCGGUGGAUUCUCUAACUUUUGGCCAUAGACUGCUUCCUACGAUCCACGAUGAAGACUGCAACCUCAGAAAAGUCAAAAGAAAACAAAAUAUAAUACAAACUGCGUUUAAGGUAAGGGCUGUAAUGGCAGCAUCUUCCCCCUCAGAAAAUGGUGUUCUAGUUUUUGGUUUAUAUAUAGAUGGUGCACGAUGGAGCACUACUACACAUGUGCUGGAAGAACCCUUUCCUCAUGACAGAUUUUAUCCACUCCCUGAAAUAGUGUUUUUACCACAACAGAUUAUCCAAACAAGACACACAUGUCCAGAUGAGGAACAAGGAGAAAUAAUGCAUUAUGAAUGUCCACUUUACCGGACUCCUCAAAGAGCUGGAAUCUUGUUAUCUACAGGUCUGUCCACUAACUUUGUAACAACAGUCAGUCUACCAACCAAGAGAACUUCCAGUCAUUGGGUUACAAGAGGGGUUGCAAUGCUGUGCCAAAUGGAUGACUGACAAAUUAGAACAAAACAAACCACCAUUUAUUGUUCAUGAAACCACAGCUUAUCUGCUGUACAACUAAGAUUGGGGAGUAUAGUGGUUUCAAAAGCAUUAGGAGUACUAGUAGUCAGUCAGCUACUUACUGUACAAAUGCGAUCGAGAUAAGGUAGCACUCCUUGGGUUAAAUAAAUCUUAUUUAAAAAUCCAUAGUUUGAUGUACAGCAUACUUUCUUUCUGCUUUGGUUUUAUCCAUUCGCUCGCCUCCCUGGUAUCUGAUUAUUCAUCUGAAGCAGUGUCUAAGUUUUAUAAUUAUGUACCA